CCUAGCCACCUCGAGGAGUACAUGGCCUCAUUUUCAGAGGUGCUGAAUGUUGUUGUUAUCCUUGAUUUCAAUGGGAAUUUGUGGUGCUCAGGACUCCUGGAAAUCGGGUCACUUUUCUGUUUGAGACUUGAGCAUGGAUGGAAAAGCCUGACCUCCGGCAGUGUAUUACAGGUGGAGGGACCAGAGCACACAGAAAAGCUGACAGCUGCUCUGGGUCAGUCAUUUGCUCAGACUGCAAUGGGAGAUUUGGGAAGGUCCCUUCUGUUUUUAAGGGAUAGGAGAUUCUCAGUGAGUGACCACAGACACUCUUCUGUCCCCAUGACACUUGAAGUUUUGAUGGAGAGGAGAAGAAAGGUUCUUAGUUGGAGUGAGCUCUCCCACCGAGCUGCAUCUGCACUGAGCUCCCACUGAGUGAAGCCUGCAGGCAUUUUGUGUACAUGAAAAACUGAUGCAAAAAUUUUUGCUGCCGAGACGCAUCUGUAAGAGGCAGAGAAGUUUGUGUGCUUGUCAGGGCCUCUGCACCAUGACACUGCGUUCCUGUUAUCCAUGCAGCAGUGCUCCCAAGGGGUCCUUUUUGUCGUAUCUCACCUUGCAAAGAGACCCCUGUAGAAAAGCUGGCAGCGUUGUUACUGCUCUGUGUUAUGGAUGACUCUUUGCCAAAUGCCCACUGCACCUGAGGAAGCCAUACUAUGCCUAGCAGUGGCUUUUUGAUCUCCCAGUGAGGAGAGUAGUUUUUUCUUACGGUCAUGUUUCCUCACUGCAUGUCACUGCCUGGUUUUAGACUCUGCAUUUUUAAUCCCCACAGUUAUCACUUUAGUGACAGAUGUUCUGGGGCUGCUCUGGCCCAGGGAAGGUUCAGGUUGGAUACUAGGAAAAAUUCCUUCUCCAAAAGAGUGGUCGGGGUCACCAUCCCUGGAGGUGUCCCAGAACCGUGGAGAUGUGGCUCUGAGAGACAUGGUUAAUGGGCAUGGUAGGACUGGGUUGGCAGUAGAACUUGAUGAUCUUGGAGCUCUUUUCCAGCCUAAAUGAUUCUAUGAUUGUAUGAUUCCCUGACCAGACAUGGCAGCUCCUAUCCCUCAACGACCCGUUGAGUUAUGCACACAGUUUAUUGUAAAAGAGAUGCUGUCCUCAGCUUGAAGAUGCCACUAGCCGGCAAAGGUUGUACGUGAACACUUGGUGCCAUGUUACUUGUGUUGUGGAUAUAGUGCUAAUUGCACAGUGUUUUCCCUAACGAGGAAGAUGGGUCUUCCAAUAACUUAAUAGAAUCCUGCUGCGAGCCCUGAUUUACCUCUGACAAGUUAAACCAUUGCCAGAUCAAUACUACGCUCUCUUGCAGUAAAUAGGCUUGAUUUUAAGUAUUCAGUAAGGGUGUAUUUUGGAUUAAGGGCCAGUUUUUCAAGGUGAGAGCCCGCUGUAGGGCACAGAUGCGGGUUGGGGGUGACUGCUCUCCCCACUGAGGCUGCAGAUCUCAGCUCCCCACACCUGGGGAGCUGCUGGAAGCAAAGGCACGUCUCUUCCCUGGCAGAGAUCUUGGUAGGAGCCUUGAUCUGAGCAAUUCCACUUCCAACCACUUUGUUUAGUGCCAGCAGUGAAUGCUGUGAGAGGAAUGGGGGCCUGAGGAUAAUUAUCAUUUGAGUGACUGCCAGACAAAAUGGGUUUGCAUGGAGCUGGACCUCAAGAUCUGUUUCUGUGGUUCUCUGUGUGCUUCCCCUGCUGGAGAUGUGUGUUGGGACGGCGAGCUCCAGAAGGAUCUCAGGAAGAGAUACUCUGAGUGGGAUGGAGACCUUUCAGGUGCCUCACGAUCAUCUGUCAUCCAAUGCAAGCCAGGAGGCAACUGCCCCAGCAGACACAGAGGCAUGACUAGGCAGCUCUCCCCUCUAUCUGUGGCUGAAGAUUCUGCUGCUCCCAUUCUUGAGCUGCAGAAUCGAAGUCCCUCGGGCAUCUGUCGGCACAGCAGAGUCGAGAGGCAGAGCAGAUCAGGAGAAGAAGGAACACAAACGCACACGGAGAGCAGCAGCCAAGAAGCCGAGGGACAGACACGAUGCCAGUCCUGCACAUCCACGUUUCUUAAGCUCAUUUGGAGAUUUCUGAUCAUUUUGUCCGUCUCCUCCUCCUGGGUCGGGACAACACAGUUUGUCAAAAUCACAUAUGAGACAUUUGACUGUCCUUUUUUCAUGACUUGGUUCUCAACAAACUGGAACAUUAUGGUAUUUCCCAUUUAUUAUUCUGGGCACCUUGCAACUGCACAGGAGAAGCAGUCUCCAAUCAAAAAAUUCAGGGAAUGCAGUCGGAUUUUUGGUGAAGAUGGUCUGACGCUGAAACUCUUUCUUAAAAGGACUGCUCCCUUUUCUAUUCUGUGGACUUUGACUAACUACUUGUAUUUACUGGCUUUAAAGAAGCUGACAGCCACAGACGUCUCUGCUCUGUUCUGUUGUAACAAAGCUUUUGUCUUCUUGCUUUCUUGGAUUGUGCUGAAAGACAGGUUCAUGGGAGCAAGGAUAGUCGCAGCAAUAAUGGCAAUCACAGGAAUCGUAAUGAUGGCAUAUGCAGAUGGUUUCCAGGGUGAUUCAAUUAUCGGGGUAGCAUAUGCUGUUGGAUCAGCCUCUACAUCUGCACUGUAUAAGGUUUUGUUCAAAAUGUUUCUUGGCAGUGCGAACUUCGGGGAGGCAGCUCACUUUGUUUCCACCUUGGGCUUCUUCAAUUUGAUUUUCAUCUCUGUUACCCCAAUCAUACUGUAUUUUACAAAGGUGGAGUACUGGUCACCCUUCUCUGCUGUGCCAUGGGGUUACCUGUGUGGAGUAGCUGGCCUCUGGUUAGCUUUCAACAUCCUGGUUAACGUUGGCGUCGUGCUCACGUACCCCAUUCUGAUCUCUAUCGGCACAGUGCUCAGCGUCCCUGGGAAUGCAGCUGUGGAUCUGUUGAAGCACAAAAUGAUCUUCAGCGUGGUGAGGUUGGGAGCCACCAUCAUCAUUUGCAUUGGGUUCCUGCUGAUGCUGCUCCCCGAAGAGUGGGACGAAAUAACCCUGAGGUUCAUCAACAGCUUAAAGGAGAAGAAAAGCGAGGAUCACGCCGACGACAUCACAGACUCCAGCGUACACACGAGGAGCAGAAGUAGAGCCAAUGGCACAGUGUCUAUACCACUGGCUUAGGGCUGGUGGACCGUACUGCACGCAGGUGUAUAUUCUGUGAAUAUAGCUUAAAUUUCCUCACUCCUUGUAUGCUUAAAAAUGCCAUUUACUCUGAACUGGGUAUGAGUUGUAAGAUAAGAGAGUUAGAUCUAUAAUAAAUGUUUACAUUUAUACACUUACCAAGGAAAGGGUGUAAAUAACCACAAUAAAACGUUUUCUAA